UUUCCAUGCGUGUUUCGUUUUGUUGACAAACGCAAGUGUAACGCGCGCGAGUGUCUGAUCAUCGUGGUUGACGCUACGUGUUUUGCGACGCGACUUCUUUGAGUAGCCACUGGCUACUUCGACGCGCCCGAACUCUCCCGAGAAUGAGCGUUUACUUUCGGGAACUGAAGUAGCGGGCAAACUUGAUGUUCUACUGCCCGUCGACGCUGUCAUGGUACCCGCCGGUCUGCGUGUUCCACGGACCGGGUGUUCACGAAUCAUCUGCAGCGACCAGUACGUCAUGCCCGACCUGUCGACGUGCAGGGACUGGCACCUCGCGGCUCUGUUGUUCCUGAGCCGCGCGGCCAAGCCGCACGACGCCACGUCGGUGCUAGCCGGCAUCGAACGCCUCGUGGAUCCUGCGCGCCUAAACAUCAUGGGGCCGUACGAUUGCGAUCACAUCUGGUUGCUCAGGUUUACGGACGCCGAAGCCCGCGACAAAGUCGUCGGUGCGUCGGACCUCGAGUGCGCCGGUCAUCCGGCUUUCUGCGUCGAGCCGCAGCCCGAACAUUCGCUCCACCGCGGACGCUGCGUCGGCGGAGCUCUGGGCUGGCUGUGUGGUGCAAGUCAUCCAGACUACUGGCUCCGGAUAUUGGAUGUGUCGUUUCCUCCUGAAGAUGCCAAGUGCCUGCUUUCAAGAUCUUAUAGCUGGGAAUGUGACGUUGUGGGGCCGCGCUACGAGGAGUCGGACCUGGGCACAGAAGGGGACAAUGUGGAGGACGAAGAGGAGCUUGAGAAGCGGCGACUCCUGGAGAAGGAAGCAGCUCUCAUGGCCGAGAUGGGCCUCCCGGCAUCCUUCACGUCUGCCAAGCGUGACAGUGGCAACAGAAGGGGUGAUGGCUGUGAAAGUGAAGAGCUGCUGUGUUGUGACGUGCCUGAAGGUCAGAGCUCACCAGCAACUGUGGUCGACUGGCAGAAUUUUUGGGAGAAGAACGGAGACAACCUCGUGUGGCAGUCUUGGGUGCAUCGCUAUGGCGACUACAUCUCCCCAGAGUACCUGGAAAGCUGCGCUGCUUCUGCAGAUGGCCAAAUGCCUUCCGCUACUGGAGAUAAUGCCAUGACGCUACUAGAUGGCGCUGACAAGAAAGGACAUCCUGAAGAUGAAGAUGCUUCUUCAGCACCCUCUACAGACCAGCCUGCCGGAGGUGGUGCUCAGCUGGAAAAUGGGAGACUCAGUGGAGAGACCUGUCUUGUUGAGAACUCUGUGGCCUCAACCUUGCCUCCUAGCCAGGGUGGCCAGUCCUGCAACAACGGCAUCUGCAGUACCACCAGUGAAGGCAUGCAAGACGACUGUGGACAGCUUCGGGGGUGUGGCCAAGUCGGCGACACGCUGCACAGAGGACAACAAGAAAGCAAUGACGGAAUUGCGGCUGCCGCUGCUCAGAAGUCCGACGACGAGCUGUGGAAGGAAGUGUGGGAGCAACAUUACCUUGAGGUGUACAACCAUUACUACAGCAUGUUUGGUCACGACGAUGAGGGGGAUGGCUGCAAGCAGCAUUCGGAGCCAACAGAUGCAGACUCCAUUCCUGCAGAUACAGAGCAGACGAACUUGGCUGCAUCAGAGCAGACGGGCGCUGUCCAGUGCCACUCAGAGGCGAUGAAUGGCACUCUGGCAUCUGCUAGUGAUAACAACAAUGAGAACAGUGCUACAGAUGCCUGUAAUGCAGCUGAUUGUGGAACUGUGAAUCGUCAAGAAGGUAAGCAGGGUAGAAACUGUAGCAUUGCAGAGCAAGUGUGCGCUGACUCAAUUACGAGAGGUGACAGGGAAGUCGAUGAGGAGGACGUUGUCUUGCUCAAGGAUGAGUGUGAUGUGAAGCUCAUGAAACAGAUGGGCCUGCCUGUGCAAUUUUCAUCGGCUGGCAAGCGGAAGAAGCCGAAGAAGAACAAAAAAUGCACUUCCAAGCGUUCCCCGAAAGCUAAGGGCAAGGAACUACCCAGUUGGGAUGAAUACUGGCUUUGCAAUGGCAGCCGCCUUCUGUGGGACACUUGGACAGAAACCUACCCCGAAUUUUUAGAGCCCUUGUUCUUGGCGUCGGUGAAACUCGAUCGGACAUUGCCAAAUGCAGACGAGUGUCUUCGAAGGUGCCCCACCGGAGGCGACGACAUCCUGGCAUCAAUGCAUCGAGGCGAUUCUAAACUGCCAAAAGACGCGGGCCUUUGGCAGAAGCUGUGGAACGCCCACUGUGACCGUGUGUGUGGACUCGAAUUUGAAAAGUACCAGCAAGUUGUCUGCGAAGAACCUUCCGAAGCCAAAGAGGAGAGCGAGAGGCAUAAUAAAGACAAAGUGGUCAUUGAAGGGGCCGAAAUCAAGGCCGGAAGUGAAAUAAAAGUUGAUGAAGUGACUGUGGAGUGUGCCCAGAACUUCAUGUUGGUGCAACACAAUGGAAAGAACUCUGAUGGUGUCAAGCAGUGUCCGGCAGGUUCCCAGGAUGGCAACGAUGGCAGCUCGUCAGGCUCACGCAAAACGAAAGGCUCAAGGAGAGAGGGUGCGUCCGGCUCUUCUGACAGUGCGAGCUCUAGGGGAAGUGGUGCUGGCAGCAGAAACAUUCAAAAUGGCGAUGAUGGCGACGGCGGAGACGACCCUCCAGACGAGAGGCCCGUGAAGAUAAAGAAGAGUCACGAAGAGGACAUAAACUCGGACGAAGAUGACGCAUUCAAAGCCCUCAUUUCUUACGGACUGUCUCUGAAGGAAAGCUUAAAGGGAAUCAAGCUGGGUCCCGAAGGAGCCAAGUCCCACGUGGCGAAUAAGAAGAAGCGCAAGAAGUUACGUAAACAGGGAGCAUUGCAGCAAUCACAAGAAGAGAUGAAAGAAUUGCUUCCCAUUGGCUCCCCUGGCACAUCCACAAUGCCGAGCUACAUUCGGGACAACCCACACUUGACCAAGUACUGGAUGCAGCGGUACAGGCUGUUCUCCAAGUUUGACAAAGGCAUUCAACUGGACGAAGAGUCCUGGUUCUCUGUGACACCCGAAGGCAUCGCCAAGCACAUAGCAAAGCGCUGCAAGGCGGACGUCGUCAUCGAUGCCUUUUGUGGCGCGGGAGGCAACAGCAUCCAGUUUGCCCUGGCAAGCUGCCAUGUGAUAGCUGUGGACAUCGACCCCAAGAAGGUGGAGCUGGCACGGAACAACGCAUCUGUGUAUGGUGUGGCGGACAAGAUUGAGUUUAUCGUUGCUGACUUCCUGGAGGUCGCUUCGCGACUGCGUGGCGAUGUAGUCUUCCUGAGCCUUCCAUGGGGAGGGCCCUCGUACCAGUGGAAGGGAACUUUUGACCUGAAGGACAUGAAGCCAGACUUAUACCAGACGUUUGCUCUCUCCAAGAAAAUCAGCAGCAACAUUGCAAUCUUGGUCCCAAAGAACACAAAUGUUGACCAGCUUGUCCAACUGGCCGGUCCUGGAGGCAAGGUCGAGAUCGAGCAGAACCUGCUACACAACAAGAUUAAGACCAUUACUGCCUACUUUGGCGAUCUUGUUGCACAUUGAGCCGGCGGUUACCCCUUGCCAAUGCACCGCAAGCGCUGCAGGGAAGCUUGCACAUUACUGACCACCGUGCCCCAUUCACUUGUUUGGACAGUUGUAAACAAAUGUCAGCUUUUACCGUUCACUCAUCAGCGACGAAGGAUCACACGGGAAUUGCCACUAGCAGUCUUGUCUUGUGUAACAACACAUCUGGUGUUUCCCGGGUCUCUAAUACAAUUGUGUAUAUACUUCAGUAUAGGAGAUACUACUGGGGCACACAGUUGAAAAGCCAUGUUGUGUUUUCAAUGUGUCUGGUGGUCUUUUUAGGAGGCAGAUGGUGCUAUGCAGUAGCGAGUGCCAGAAGUACCAGCAUUGUGUGCACAUAGUUGUGUGUAAUUUUAAGAAACAUAAAUGUUAACAAAAGAAGUGCACCUGUGUAUGCCAUGCAGUAAAGAUUAACUUAAAGUAACAAUGGAAGAGGGGGUACAAAAAUAACUGAACUUUUUCUAAAUAAACUUUUCUAUUCACUUCUAUGGGAAAAACAAAUUAUUUGCCUUCAAAGUAGUCUGCUUGAGUCCCAGUGCACUUGUCAAUUUGUUUUUUUACACUGCUCGGUGCAUCCUAGGAACUCUUCAUUUCUGAUGCUGUCGAGGGCCACCUGCGAAGCUGUUUCUACGGUUGGCACAUCAUUGAAAGGCUGCCCUUUCAAGUUUUUUCAUCCUGGGAAAUAAAAAGAGCUCACAGGGUGCCAGGUCUGGGGAGUAGAGCAGGUGGGGAAUGACCGUCCAUUGCUGUGAUACCAGAUAAUGCUGUUCACUUGGCGCACUCAGUGCGUGCAGAAGCAUUGUAACAAUGAAGAAGCAGCUCACCACUCCGCCACAGAUCUGGUCAUUUCCUUCAGAUAUCCUCUCGCAGGCACCUUAAAACCCCUAGGUAAAUCUUUCGAUUAAAGGUCUGUCCAUCUGGGACGAACCCGCAAUGGACCAUGCCCUAGACGUCGCAAAAGACGAAUCAGCAUUGUGUUGACAUUGGACCAAACUUGUCUUCUUUUGUGGAAUCUUCCACUGACUUGACCAUGUGUGGUCAUAGCCGUAGCACCAACUCCCAUCACCUGUUAUCACCUUCCACUCAAGAUAUGGGCAGUUGUGGUUUCAUUUUUCAAGUCUUUAGUCAUCGGCAGCUGAGUUUGUUUUUGUUUCUCUGUGAGUAGUCUGGGCACGAAUUUUGCUGCAAUUAGCCUCAUCUGCAAUUCCUCAGUCAAAAUUCAUUGGCAUGGACUCCAACCGAUGCCUGCAUCCUCUGAUAACUUGCCGAUUGUCAUUCAGUGAUCUUGGUUGAUCGUUUCAAGCAUCAACUCAACAUUUUUGUCUGCCCAAUAGGUUGAAGGGCGACCCAAACGAGAUUAAUUUUCAAUGCUCAUCUGCCAUCCUUAAAUUGAUGACACCAGUUGUAGCCUUUAGUACGACUCAAGGUUUGUUCCUUGAAGGCUUCUUGAAGCAUUCCAUGCAUUUCCGUGAAUGUUUUUCCCAAAAGAAAACAAAAUUUGAUGCAGACAUGCCACUCCUGACAAUCACACAUCAUGAUUUCGCAUGCAUGUCGUGGUUAACCUCUUCAAAACAAAGCAAUGCACAGAAUGGCUUCUACGAUUACUUCCUUCAAGGCACUGAUAGCAGAGGGCUAUAACUAGCCACACCUAGUGGUGGGACAUGGAAGUACGUCCAUGAGAGGCAUGAAAACGAAAGUUUGGUUUAUUUUGUACCCCCCUUUGUACACACAAUAGUACAGAAUAAUAGUAAAAAGCAAUAGCUUGAAACGGUAUAUGGGAUGUAUAUUUUAGUCUAUUCAAAACAUACAAUAAUAAGUAAAUGUACCAAGUUCGCUGUUUACUUCAGGAGGUGAGAAAAGACUAAAUUGUAAAGUAAUUUGUAUUGAGUGUCAGAUAGCCAGCAUAUAAACUAAAUAAGCAGCAGCGCAUUUGGCUUCCAGAAUAGUGUAGAAAUAAAAAGCUUCAAACAUUACAAAUGCCUCAAGAAUUCGAUGAACAUAUAGCAGCAGCACUGCUGGCUGGCAUUGUGGACACUCGACACCUGCUUCUCCAGUGCCUGAUUUUUGCAUUGUUGAUUUACUGUAGAUAAUAAGAAAGUCAUACAAGAAUCAGUAGCAGCGAGAUCUACAGAUGCAUGGUAUUGCCCGAGGCUUGCUGGAUUCGCAUUUUCAAUUGCAGAGUUCGCUGAAUACGCGAACUCGUCAUUUGCAGCAUAUAAACAAGGAAAGUACUGAUGCCGAACGUGUUGUGUUGUGCAAAGCAGAACUCAACUUCGACACCCGUUCGAAAUAGUGCAGGACCAACAAGCUUUGCUUGCAGCAGCAACCUUGCUUAUAGUGGUCACCAAGUAUCAACUAAUGAUAUGACGGAGCUCAUUUUGUUUACACCUCAUCACUAAUACUUGACUUACAUUGUCAAAUCUCGACGACUCCCAAUAUACAGCCGACCACAAAAGCUUGCGGAACAUAAUUCCUCGAUGUAUGUGAAUUACUUGUCUGUGAAGGCAUGGUGCUUCUAAUUUAGUAGAUCACUAUGCAGGUUAGAAAGGCUCAGGGCCAGGCUUUGCAGAAAUUCGUUUUUUUUUUUUCGCAAGUCCCGUGCUUGUACACUUGUGGCCGGCUAUGUCUUGUUUAGUCAUUGAUGGCACUAUUUCUACAGACUUGCUGUAUAAUAUUCGGGAGUUACAUGCUUCACUCCUGAAUAGCCAUGUGUAUUUAUGUUUCUCUACAUUGUUACUGGGCAUUAAUACUUGCUUCAUUGCUAAAUACCUUGUUUAUGUCGUCAGCCUUGAUGUCUUCCAAUGUACGUCUUGCGAGGUCACUGGUGACAUACAGCAGACUGUUAUAGUGUUUAGCAAUUAGUUGUCAUGCACUGAAAAGGAUGUUUAGCGAGUUUUUAUUUCUUCAAGUGUACAAAGCUCACUCCCAAUUAUUCAAGCAUAGUUAUAUAAAUAUAGUUAGUUAUCUUCUUACAGGACCUUGAAGCUUUUAUCAUGCGGAUGCUCAAAAACGGAGCUCCGUCCACCUCACAAUAUUUUUCUGAUGCAACACACGGUUGUCGCGAUUCUUCAAUAAUAAGCUCAAGCAAAAUUUUCAAUGGGGGGCAUUGUAGAAUGUGUAUUUUUUUAGCGUGGGGUGUGUAAUCUUAGCAACAGGUAAAGUGCUAAAAAAGCAUUUUUUGUAUUCUUUGAGUAAGUUGCGGCCUAUAUACAGUUUUCUUAUUUGCUCAUGUUGUGUUCCUUCUUGUAUGUUUCAGUGUUAAGGACGUGCACUUGUUGUUUUGAAAUACCAUGACACAAAUUUGGACAAUGUUGCGGUAAUGUCAAUAAAUAUUUAUUUCAUUGCUCA